CCCCGCGGAAGUUGGUUUGUCGAGGGAGGACGGGAUGUUGUUUGAAAUAGUGUGAAACACGGAGACGUUUUUUAUUCUGUUACAGAAAUAGAAGAACGUCUGUCGGAGCAAGAUGUUGGAGUGUGGCAUGCUGGAGCGCGACAGUCGGGCUCUUCGGACUCGCUCGACCAUUCUCUGCAAACAGCUGGUGGUGGAUGAGCUGCUCAUUCAGUCUCUACAGGCAGACAGCAUCCUAACCGAGAGCAUGGCAGAGAGUAUCAUGGCUGAGCAAACAUCCCAGAAACGAAGCUGGCGUUUACUGCUGCUCUUACCGAAGCGGGGGCCCAGAGCCUUCAGCAGCUUCUGUUCAGCUCUGCAAGAAACUGAGCAGCAGCACCUGUAUGAACUGCUCACACAAUCACCGGAAAAAGAUGGCAAAGAUGCACCGGCAGAGAGUAUUCAGCCUGAAGAAGAGCCAGUCAUGCAGACAACCGGAAAGAAGAGAAAGACGUUUGUCGACUCUUCUCUCCCACUUCCCACCCAAGAAGUAAUUGCUGCCAAGAGAGCAAGGACACAUGAGUCCAUGGAGUUCAGUCUGGAUGCAGAUAGUCCCAUCAACACUCCUGUGCUCCCUUGCGCUCCCGACUUUUAUCUCUCGCACUGCCAGCAGUCCUACAGGAUGAAUUCGUCCCCUCGGGGUUUUGCUCUGGUGAUUAGUAACGUGACCUUUGACCCUUGUGCUGCGCCAGACCUUGACCCUAGGAAGGGAGGGGAGGUGGACGACGAGGUCCUCAGGAAGGUCUUCACUGAGCUCGACUACUUGGUUACAGUCCACAGAGACCUUACUGCUCAGGGCAUGAGGACGUGCAUUGAGAACUUCUGUCGUCGACCAGAUCACCGAACAGUGGACAGCUGUGUGGUGUGCCUGCUCUCCCAUGGAGUGGAAGGAGGUAUUUACGGUACUGACGGACAGCUCCUGCAGCUGGACUGGGUGUUUGAGUCCUUUGACAAUGCGCACUGUCCCCUGCUACAGAACAAGCCCAAGAUGUUUUUCAUCCAGGCCUGCAGAGGAGAGGAGAUGGACUGUGGAGUGGAGCAGAUAGAUGGGCCAGUGAGGACCUGCUCACCGAGCUGUGAACAGCGGGAUGCUGGGAGGGAAGGACGAGGGGACGCAAACUCCAGACAAAGGGGGGACAUGGGCCGGCCCAGGAUCAAACUGCCACAGCGGUCUGACAUGAUCUGUGGCUUUGCAUCUCUCAAAGGUCAGAGAAUUUGCACAGCAGCCAUGCGGAACACCAAGAGAGGAUCCUGGUUCAUCCAGGAACUCAACACAACCCUGCGCCUCCAUGCCAGAGACACACACCUUGCCGACAUCAUGGUGCAGGUCAACAGUCAUAUUAAGGAGCGGGAGGGUUUCGCUCCUGGCACCGCCCACCAUCGCUGCAAAGAGAUGUCCGAGUUCACCAGCUCGUUGUGCAAAGACCUCUACCUUUUCCCCAAGUACCAGCCCCAGUAUUGAUACAUGCCAAUAUGUUCAUGCACAGAUUAACAGACACACACACACCAUUCCUGGCAUUGAAGCCUCUCAAUACGCCACACACCGGUUCAUUCCACUCCAAUUGCUGAGACACACUCUCACAUUCCAUCUCUACAACUUCACGUCCAAAAAAUAGGAUUUGUUCAUUCAUAUUUUCUGUGUAAAUACUGCCUCCUCAGACACACACGCGUGCAUACAGUCACACAAAUCUUGGAGAGGAAAAAGGAGCGAGCUUAUGUUAAUCUACAAGUGCUCUGAAUCGGGCGAUGUGUUAGCGUCUAUGCCAGUUAGAAGGUUUAGUUGGUAAUCCUUUUUAGUCAAAGACAGAAUCGUAUGUUGUUGUUUUUUCAACUGCACUGCUACUUUAAAGUUUCACUCUCGCUUUUUAGGAUGUAUUUUGUACACAGAUCUAUUUUUGUGGAUUUAUUUUAUAUGAAAUUGUUUUUAUAAGAAUUUUUAAGCCCAUUCUCUUUGUUUGUAUAUAAUGUUUGUCAUGAGUUGUGACCGUGUCUUGUUUUUAGUGACAGGCAGAGGGCAGCACAGCAGAGACUAAUGCUUUUCACCGUCUCUCUCUCAUCACCAUAUUUCCAGUUCAUUUUUAGGUAUAGUAUAUCCAGUGAUGAUGAAACUGUAAAUCUCUGCAGCAGGUUUUGACCUCGUUGAUAUUUUUCCAUAUGAAGAGGAAAGAAACCCUAAUAGGGCAGCUUUAAAACAAGACCUUGAAUUGCUUGUGAUUUCAUUUUUAGCUUUUUGUUUGUGGAUGUUCAAUCAGGAAAAUUCAGCUUUUUAACUUUUCAAUUUCAUAAAGGAGACUCACUGUAAAUUUCACUUCGUAUAUCAGCUGUGUAACUUUAGAUCGGUCCCUGUCAGGGUGGUGUGCUUUCAGGGGAAUGUGGUGCUACUUGUGGGCUCAUUCACCUACGUUGUGAACUCUGACCUUUAUGCUAACUCCGACUCCUAAACGCGUGUCUCCCUGUGGGUGGGAGUUGCACAUUUAGUUAGUACAGAUUAUGUGGUAUUUUACUGUAUCUGGUACAGUAAAGGUAGAACAGGUAUUUCGUAAGUCUUCCAUAAACAACAUGCAUUGUUUUUACAACAGCCUGUGCCAUAUGAGGAUGGAUUUAUGACCAUAGAGCUUUCUUAGUAUAUUGUAUCUCUUUGGCACAUGUAGAGAAAUCCAUUUAUUAAGGCAGUUUUCCCAGAAAAGCCCUGAUCAGACAAACUGUUUUGUUACAACAGUGUUGUAGUGGAGAAAACCGAGUAUAUGGUCGAAACAGUAUUGAUCGUUACCAUCUGUGUGCUUUUAACCCGUGUGUGAGGUUGUCACGACUGGCUCAAAAGCACGGGGUCGAGUUCUCCCCGGUUUGGAAGUUGCUCACUCUUCUUAUCCUUUUUGUUUUUUUUGUAAUCAUUUAAACACAAACAUUGGAGAAGUGUAAAAGGGUUACACUCCUGGGGAAACGUUUUGAAGGUUGAUCUUUGCUGAGGUGCAAGGUUCAGGGGGCCGGGAGAGAUUUUGUUUCUGUCAACAUUAAUGACUUCCAAAUGUUCUGCACAAUAAACAGGCCGUGGUUUUUAAACCUGA